CUUCUCCCUCUCGCUCGUGUUCGUCCUCGCGUUACCCGCGGAUCUGCCGUUCCCGCCGCCUCCCGCGAUGCGAUCCGCGGCGAGGCCGCUCGCCGCGCUCCGUCGCGCCCCGCCGCGUCCGAUCCUCCUCCUUCUCGGCCGUCUCUUCUGCGCCUCGCCGCAGACAGGUUUCGGCGGCGGAGAUCCGGGCCCAGCGGACGCAGACACGGACGCGGGAGUGGACGUGGACGCGCGGCUCGUCGGCUCGCUGUGCCGGGUGCUCAGCGACUUCCGCGGGCCGCGCCACGACCUGCCGGCGGCGCUGCGAGGGUUCGCGCCGCGGCUCACGCCGCGCGACGCCGCGGCGGUGCUGCGCCGGUGCAGGCACCUCCCGCUGCCCUCGCUCCGGUUCUUCCUCUUCGCCGGGGAGCUGCCCGGGUUCUCCCACCACCCGGACUCGCUCCUCGUCCUCGCGAACUCGCUCGCCGGCGCGCGGCUCUUCCCGCUGCUGCGCUCGCUGCUGUCCGACCUCCCGCCGUCCGCGCUCUCGCGGGGCCUCUUCCCGCUUCUGUUCCGCGCGUACUCCCGUGCUCGCCUCCCCGAAGAUGCCAUCCGGGCCUUCUCAUCCAUGGCGGGGUUCGGGUUCCCCCCGACGAUUGCUGAUUUCCAUUCGUUGCUCUUUGCUCUGUCGCGUAAUGGCCUAGUAGAGUAUGGUGAAAGAUUUUUUAGGGAGUCGACAGCUCAAUUUGAUGUUUCAGCGAAGGCCUACACAAUUUUGAUCUCUGGGUGGGCUGUUGUUAAGAAGCCGGAAAAUGCGCGGAGUCUAUUUGAUGAAAUGGUCAAGAGAGGUGUGGAGCUUGAUGUGCAUGUGUACAAUGCUUUGAUUGAUGCCUUAUGUCGGGGAGGGGAUAUUACAUCAGCGCAGGAGCAGCUGAGCAAUAUGCAAAAGAGUCAUGGGCUUGUUCCAAAUGCGGCCACUUAUGGUCCUUUCCUUCAUGCCGCAUGCGCAUCAAAGGAUGUUCGUGCUGCUCUUCGUGUGCUAGAUAGGAUGCACACUCAUGCUCUCACACCAAAUGUAUUCACAUACAAUGCUGUUAUUCGGUUACUGUGUGAUUUGGGAGAGAUCAAUGAGGCUUACAAUAUCCUGGAUGAGAUCACCACCCAAGGCGAAAAGCCUGAUGUUUGGAGCUAUAACACACUGCUUAAUGCGCACUGUAAACUGAAAGAGACCAAUAUGGACUCAGAGCCCUCAUCGCAGAACCCGGCAGAUAUGACAGCAUUUGUACAAAACCUCCUAACCCAGAUGCAAUCAAGGUUUGAGUCUAUGUCCCAGAACAUUGUGUCAAAGAUAGAUGAAAUGGGAACCAAGAUCGAUGAGCUGGAGCAGAGCGUCAACGACCUGAAAGCUGAGAUGGGUACUGAUGUGCCUACCAAGAAGGCCGACGAGGCGAAGCCUGCCGACUCCACAUAACUUGGCCGCAGACCAGAGAUUGGCCCGUAACGAUUUGGCAUCGGUGAUGGAUUUUUCAGCGUUUUAUGUGUAUCCGAUAUUAGUUUUCUUGGACCAUUGCUGUUGAAUGACUCGAGAGUGAUUUUAUGCUAUGAGCGUUCUCCUCUAGAGUAUCUGCUGCUGCUGCUGCUAAGGCGAUGUGUUUGGCUUGUAUGCAAAUUUGAUUUUAGCAGAAUGCCACAGAUGUUUGCUUGCUGAUAACAAGCCGCAGCUGCUCGCCUUUUAUAAUGCUUCAGUUCGAGUAUUCAGUUGUGCCCUUCUUUUACACAAAUCUGAUACCUGUGAUUUCAGCUCAGGAGUACAGGCGUUUGGUUAUAUCCGAAGUA